AAGGAGUACUCAAACAAUCUAUAACACCCUAAUAAGCACUCUCUAUCUUGGCUUGGCCGACUGUUGUUUCACCGAAGAAUGCGAGAUCCAUUAAUGGAGUCCACUCUCAAAAAAUUCUUCGGAUUCUCCACAUUCCGACCUUACCAGAAAGAAAUUGUGGACAGUAUCCUGCAAGGUAGAGAUUGCUUAGUGGUUAUGGCGACCGGAAGUGGCAAGUCAUUGUGCUAUCAGGUGCCUCCUUUAAUACUGAAUAAGACUGCUGUAGUCAUAAGCCCGCUCAUAUCCUUGAUGCAGGAUCAGGUCAUGGCCCUCAAGGAAAGGGAUAUACGAGCAGAGUAUCUUUCUAGUGCUCAGAAUGAUCCAAAUGCCCUAACUAAUGCUGAGAGAGGUCUAUAUGAUAUUCUGUACAUGACACCAGAGAAGGCCUGCAUGCUUCCGAGCAGUUUCUGGUCAAGAUUACUAGAUUAUGGAAUUUGCUUAUUAGCUGUUGAUGAAGCACAUUGCAUAUCAGAGUGGGGACAUAACUUCAGGGUGGAAUUCAAACAACUAGAUAAACUGCGUGAUGUUCUUUUGAACGUACCAUUUGUUGGAUUGACAGCUACAGCUACUGGAAAGGUGCGUGAUGAUAUCGUAAAGUCAUUGAAAUUGCAAUCUCCACAUAUAACCAUUGGCUCAUUCGACCGCCAGAAUCUCUUCUACAGUUGUCAAUCUUUUGUCCGGGGCAGUGCUUUUCUGAACGAACUUGUGUCAGAAAUCUCUACCUGUGCUGCUAAAACAGAAUCAACUAUAAUAUAUUGCACCACAGUCAAAGAUGUGGAAGAGGUCUUUGCGAGCCUUAUGGAAUCAAGAGUUCAGGCUGGAAUGUACCAUGGACAGAUGUCUAAUAAAGCACGUGAGGACUACCACAGGUCCUUCAUCAGAGAUGAGUUUUAUAUAAUGGUUGCAACUAUAGCUUUUGGCAUGGGCAUUGACAAGCCUGAUAUAAGACAUGUAAUACACUAUGGCUGCCCAAAGAGUUUGGAAUCAUAUUAUCAGGAAAGUGGGCGUUGUGGUAGAGAUGGGAUUCCUUCAAACUGCCGGCUGUAUUACACAAGAAGUGACUUCGGCAAGGGUGAUUUUUAUUGUUCUGAAGCACGCACAGCAGACCAAAGAAAAGCAAUAAUGGAUUCAUUUGCUGCAGCGCAACGUUAUUGCAUGGUGACAACUUGCAGAAGAAAUUUCCUCUUAGGAUACUUUGGAGAGGCAUAUCCAUCGUCUCGCUGUGGGACUUGUGAUAAUUGCACCAGCUCAAAAAAAGAGAUUGAUAUGUCUAGAGAGGCAUUUCUUCUUAUGGCUUGCAUUCAAUCAUGUGGGGGACACUGGGGUCUCAAUUUGCCUAUUGAUGUACUUCGCGGAUCUAGAUCCAAGAAAAUUCUUGAUGCUCGUUUUGAUAAGAUUCCAUUCCAUGGCUUAGGAAAAGAUAUGUCAGCUAAUUGGUGGAAGGCACUAGCUUCUCAAUUAAUUGCACAAGAUUAUUUGGUCGAAACCUUCAAAGAUAUAUACAAAAGUAUAAGAGUUGGAACAAAAGGAAAUCAGUUUUUGACUUCCUGCAACCCUGAUUAUCAACCUCCAUUAUAUAUAACACUGACUCCAGAAUUGGCGGGUGAGGAUGCGAUCAAAGAUGGAACUGGUAAUGGGAUUGUUGACAAUUCGGGUCAGGUUUCCAAUGGAUUAUCCCAGGCUGAGGAUAAGCUCUACAAAAAGCUUUUGGAAGAGAGAAUGAAACUUGCAAAAGCACACAGAACUGCUCCAUAUGCAUUAUGUGGUGAUCAAACAUUAAGAAGGAUUACAUUGACGAGGCCUUCGACAAGAGCUAGGCUAGCAAAUAUUGAUGGUGUGAAUCAGCACUUUUUAAAUACAUAUGGAGAUCGUUUGCUGCAAAUCAUUAGGCAGCUAUCACAAGAAGAGGGUCUUAAUUUGGAUGGGGAGCCAAGUGUAGAAUCUCCAAUGCAAACUAAGGUUGCGACAAUUCACAGGAAAAGAAACUUAUCACCAGCAAAGUUCGAAGCUUGGAAAAUGUGGCAAGAGGAUGGCCUUACAGCCCAAAAAAUUGCUAAUCAUCCUAGUAGAGCAGCUCCAAUAAAAGAAGAAACAGUCUUGAUGUAUAUAAUUGACGCCGGAAGAGAGGGAUGUCCUAUUGACUGGGCCAGAUUAUGUCUCGAGGUUGGACUGACACAGGAGACAUUCAGCAACAUUCAGGAAGCCGUUUCAAAAGUUGGAACAAAUUUAAAACCUAUUAAAAACGAGUUACCUGAAGAGGUGACCUACACUCAAAUAAAGGUUGGCUUGCUGAUGCAAGAGACGCAAAUAUCGACUGAAGUAAUUGCAUCUACCCAUCAGCAAAGCUGCGAAGUAGACAACUCCAAGAAAGAGACAUCAGAACUCUUGGGAGGAUCCACCAGCCUUACAUCCAAGACUGAAGGCACUCAGUCCAAUACUGCGCCAUUGGCUGACAGUCGGGAUCAUCAGAUGAAAGUUGACAGCGCGAUGAAUGGUAACUCAACUGGAAAAUCUGAGAAUGCAGAUGACUUCACUUGCUCUAGGAAACGCUUGAAACUUGACGAAGCACACGCAGUGCAGUCUGUUGCUUUGGAAGCAACAGAGGAUUCUGUACUUGACUGGCUCAAGAACUUCAAAGAUGGGGUUCUGCAUUCGGAUAUUGUGGAGCAUUUCAGUGGAUCGAGAGAAGAGUCGGUGAUCAGUGUCCUAAAUAGUCUCGAGAGUGAGUUUUUGAUAUUCAAGAAGAAAAAUCUCUACCAUCUUAUGUAAUGAUUUGGGUCAGUUCCUAGUGUGAGUUCACCUUACUACCUUAGUAGAUGGAAUUCUCUCUUUCUUGUGGA